UUUUGGUUUCCUUCUCCCUCUCCUAGCUUCUAACUCUGGCUAAUUCUGUAAGGGAUGAAGCAUUCAACGGACUUGCCAGGCUCAACACAUUUUGAUGAGGCCGUGGAGGACUUUUCCGAGGGCGGUGGUUGGCGUUUGCAUAGUUCCCGGUCAACAUAGAAAUGUGGGAGUGUCUUGGCUGAAUCCUCAUGCAGACAAGAUCAUUAUGGUCCUGGUAGGUAGGACAAGGAACCUGAUAGAAGCUUAUCUUGAAAAAACCAGAAGACCUGGCAAUACGGAGCCUGUAGUUCAUCAUGGUGGCAGUUUGUGGCAGCAGCGAGCAACUGCCCGUUCAGAUGGCCUAUGUCCUCUCUAGCUUGCCAUAGUCUCCACCACUUCCUGUGGGUUUACACCUUUACUGACUUCUAUUUCCUGCUUGGCCCCAGUUGAAAAAAUGGCACAUUAGUUGAAGGAAAGAAAGGGGAAUGCCCAGAAGAAAAAGAAAAUAUUGAUUGAUCUACAUGACUAGCCUGUUUGCUGUAAAAGAAUCCGCCAAAGGGAGUGAUUUAAGAUCCACUGCAGGUAUAUGAACAACAUUGCUUCUGCAGCAAAAGCCUAGACUCACCACACCUUGGGAAGAGAAUGGCCACUACCUGGGGGGCAGCCUUUUUCAUGCUGGUGGCCUCCUGUGUUUGUAGCACUGUCUUCCACAGAGACCAGCAGACUUGGUUUGAAGGUGUCUUCCUGUCUUCCAUGUGCCCCAUCAAUGUCAGUGCCAGCACAUUGUAUGGAAUUAUGUUCGAUGCAGGGAGCACUGGAACACGAAUUCAUGUUUACACCUUUGUGCAGAAAAUACCAGGACAGCUUCCAAUUCUGGAAGGGGAAAUUUUUGAAUCUGUGAAGCCAGGACUUUCUGCUUUUGUAGAUCAACCUAAGCAGGGUGCUGAGACUGUUCAAGGACUCUUAGAGGUGGCGAAAGACUCAAUACCCCGAAGUCACUGGAAGAGAACCCCAGUGGUCCUGAAGGCAACAGCGGGACUGCGCUUACUGCCAGAACAGAAAGCCCAGGCUCUGCUCUUCGAGGUAAGAGAAAUCUUCAAGAGAUCACCUUUCCUGGUACCAGAUGACAGUGUUAGCAUCAUGGACGGAUCCUAUGAAGGCAUCUUAGCUUGGGUUACUGUGAAUUUUCUGACAGGUCAGCUUCAUGGCCACAGCCAGGAGACUGUGGGGACCCUGGACCUGGGGGGGGCCUCCACCCAAAUUACGUUCCUACCCCAGUUUGAGAAAACCCUGGAACAAACCCCUCAGGGCUACCUCACUUCAUUUGAGAUGUUUAACAGCACUUAUAAGCUCUAUACACAUAGUUACUUGGGAUUUGGAUUGAAAGCUGCAAGACUAGCAACCCUGGGAGCCCUGGAAACAGAAGGGACUGAUGGACACACUUUCCGAAGUGCCUGUCUACCGAGAUGGUUGGAGGCGGAGUGGAUCUUUGGGGGUGUGAAAUAUCAGUAUGGUGGCAACAGAGAAGGGGAGAUGGGCUUUGAGCCCUGCUACACUGAAGUGCUGAGGGUGGUCCAAGGAAAACUUCACCAGCCAGAUGAGGUCCAGAAGAGCUCCUUCUACGCUUUCUCUUACUAUUAUGAUCGUGCUGUUGACACGGACAUGAUUGAUUAUGAAACAGGGGGUGUUUUAAAAGUUGAAGAUUUUGAAAGAAAAGCAAGGGAAGUGUGUGAUAACUUGGAAAACUUCACCUCAGGCAGUCCUUUCCUGUGCAUGGAUCUCAGUUACAUCACAGCCCUGUUGAAGGACGGCUUUGGCUUUGCAGACAGUACUAUCUUACAGCUCUCAAAGAAAGUGAACAACAUAGAGACAGGCUGGGCCUUGGGGGCCACCUUUCACCUGCUGCAGUCUCUGGGCAUCUCCCACUGAGGCCAGGCCCUCCUUCUGAGGACUGCAUUCUCCAACAACCUUUUGAAAAGUAGGAGAAAGGACUCAGUCAUGUUCUGAGCUGGUCUGAGGAUAGCCUGGACUGAAGCCAGCAGCUGGAUUCGUCAGGUAGAACGGGCUUUUGGACACAGGUCUUGCCCUUGAGUCUAGAGAUUUGGGUCUAAUUAAUUUUAUACAUCUAAUGUGAACUAUUGACCUAACCACUCUGCUUGCACAGUUGGCGCCAGAGUCUAAAUCUUUGAGAUUCUUCGUGUGUCACAGAGCCAAAAGGAAUAGCUUUGGAACCUAACCUUGGAGAGCCCAGGGACAGGUCCCUGGGAACCAAAGAAAAAUCUCAUUUCAAUCCUU